AUGGAGCUGGCGGCUUGCGGCUGGACCACGGCCAGGCUCGCAACACUGGACGACCUGCCGAAGAGGGGCCUUCGCGAGCUCCUGGAGAAGGCAUUCGGGCGUGAAGCCACGGCGGAGGAGCUGGAGGAGUUCUUCCAGAAGGAUCUUCCGGCGGGAGAUGGUGGCGGAGGUCGUGGCUUGAGGUUGGUGGGGCGAGCUGGAGACAACAUGGACCUGCGAGAUCGGGCCGAGAGAUCGGAGAGGACGAGGUGGACGGUGAUGCUCAAGAGGAUCAUCGUGGAGUCGGAGCUGCCAGCUGCGGAGGGGAUCGGGAAAGGGAGGAGAUCCACCACUUUGCGGAAGCACGUCAAGACCUGGCGGCAUGUUGCCACGUGGCUGUACAGCACUUUCAAUGUGCCAUGGCCGCGGACCAUCGAGCAGUUCAUCGAGUACAUCAUGCAUCGGGUGGCCGAGCCGUGCGGCAAGAGUAUCCCCACAAGUUUGAUGAAGACCCUCAUGUUCAUCGAGGUGGCUGGGGAGGUGCCGGAGAAGGAAAGGUUCUGCAAGCACCCUGCGUUGCAGAACACCCUGGAGGAGGUCAACCUGGAGCUGGGCAGCUUGGAUUUGCGAGGCCGGCGGCAGGCUGUGCAGAUCCCGGUAGAGAUCAUCAUGGCCAUGGAGAGAUACGUGAUGACGGAGGGGGUGCCUAGAUACCCCCGGGCCUAUGGAAUGCCCUUCGGCAAGCUGGAGAUGAGUGGCCGCGGUCUUCGGGGUGUUCUGGAAAGGACCAAGACCACCGGAGCGGGGAAGAAGGUCGAGAUCCAGCACGUCUUCAUCUCGGUGGAGGCAUGGCUGGAGGAGCCCAGGUGGCUUGGGGUCGGCUACCAGCUGUGGAAGACCAUGAGCGAGGAGGCAGGCUUGUUCAAUCGGGACUUCAUGCUGGCCUUGCCCAACUACGAGGGCACCGGCCUCAUCGGUGCCAUGGGCAAGUACUACCACGCGUCGCAGAUGAGUCAGGCCUUGCUGGGCGAGCUUGUGAUGAGCCAGCGGAAGCAGGAUGAGCUAGAGGGGGUCGGACGGCCUGGAGGGAUUCUGCUCUGCCAGGGCGCGGGUACUGUUUGGUCGGAGCACUCCGAAAGAGCAACCUUGAGGUCUUGGGCGGCCUCGCUGGGAGUCGACGACUAUGUGGCCAAGCAACUUGGCAGAUGGCAGCCCUCCACUGAUGAGGCCUACGUCAGGUCCAUCAGGGGCAACGUGGAGAAGGCGCAGAAGAUGAUGGCCGAGGAGAUUCGGAACAACUUGGGGGGCCCCGACAAGCUGGACGAGGAGUCCGUCUUGGAGAAGGUUGUGGAGAAGCUGGCGAGGCAAGAGAUGGACGCCAACGAUGUGGAGGACCAGAAGCUGCGGCUGACAAGCUUCCAGGGGGGCAUCUUCGCGAGCAUCCUCGGGAAGGACAGCUGGCAGGCUUCGGAGAAGGAUCCGCUGGAGAUCGUCGAGGUGGAGGACGGCGACGAGGCGAGCAAGAACGAAGAGACCGCCAGCGAGCCAGAUCGGACGCCGGAGGGUUACAAGAGCCGAUACUUCGUGAGUCUGGUGGGGAGAUCGCAGAGGAGGACACUCCACCGUGGGGGAGAGUGUCAUCGUGUCCCGGGGGUGCACUACAAGCGGUUUGAGGACUUGGGGGAGGACCUACCCCCGGAGGGCAUGUACCACCGGGUGUGCAAGGAGUGCUUCCCUCGGGGUGUCGAGGCGGGUGACGAGUCGGGGGCCACCGAGGACAGCGAGGUGUCUUCCUCGAUCUCAGCAUCCACGGAGUCGCUGGACUAG